AAAGAACAAUGCGAAAUAUACACCAUACAUUUCAAUUUGUAUACAUUUGUACAAUAUAUGUACAUAUUACAUAUAUAUAUAUAUAUAGAUUACAUACAAAUUUGGAAAACACAGAAAAUCAUCAACAGAGAUGAGUGAGUAACAGCAAUACGCCGGCCAGUUGCCGUAGAGCGUUUCAUAAGUGUGGGCGAAUGGAGUCCAACGGCGGCGUUUAAUUUCGCUGUGAAAUGCGAAGAUACAAGUGUUCCAAAAUUUGAUAAGAGUGCAGAACGAUAUUAUAUAAAGUAUUUAAAUAAAAAUAGAUAAACGAAAUACAGUUACGUGUAGUAUAUGGCAAACGGAAAACAACAAGUGUUCGCGUUUGUAUAAACAGUUGUAUAAAUACAUUUCAAAAUAUAAAGUGUAAACAAAGUUCAUAUUGCUGGUGAAGAGUUCAUUAAAAAUAGGAACACUUCCGGACAUAGUCGAAACACUACAAUAUUCAACAGUCAUAGACAGAAAAUGUUCUCCACAUCCGGCUACGAUCGACUCUAUGUCCGAAGCUCUUCCGGUUUAGCCAAAUUGCUAUGUAUGCUAUUUGCUGUGGCUGGCAUUGUAUGCAUUGUCGUUAGCACCGCGCCAGUGACGAAUUUGCGCGGUCUCAUCUAUAUGUGUGUGAUGGCGUUCGCCUGCCUCGGCAGUGCGCUGGUGUUUUUGAACAAUUUUUGUGAAAUGCGUCUUUGUAGGCGCCACUUUUGCAAUGCCACUAAGUUCGAGCUGUUUCUACAUACCACACUGGCUGUGCUGUGUUUUCUCUCCUCAUCCGCCGCGCUGACACUGGCGCUGGUGACCUACUCCAUUGCAGCGUUUUUCGGCUAUGUUGCAUUCUGUCUGUAUGCCUUGGAGGCCUGGUGUAACUACAGAAGAUAUCGUCAGCGCGAUAUGAGCACACAAACGUAGUGGUGUGUGUGUGGGUGUAUGAAGGUUGUUGCCGAUAACAGUAUUUUCGCUGUUUAGGAAAUAUUUCACAAAUAUAUGAGGAUAUUACUCAUGGCGAUAUCACUCCCUGCCUCCAAUGAAGUACAUACUACUAUUGUAAUUCAAAUUAUUUUGGACUUCACUAGAAUAAGUGUAUAUAUUAAAUGUUAUAUAUUACUCUGAAAUUGCAAUGACUGAUGUAGCUUUGACUCAGAAGCCGAAUAUUUGAUUGAUUUUCAAAAAAUACCAAAAUACUCUUGCACAGUCAGCCGACUUUUUUUAUUUUAUUUAAAAGUAUUUAGUAGUAUAUAAUCGCUUUACAUAUAUUUGACUUUAUUAUUGAAAAUACCAAAUAUGUAGUUGACGUCAUUAAAGUAAGUUGAAAAUUAUACAGUAAAUAGUAUGAAUUUGCUGAAUAAUAUAGAGUGGCGUUUCCUUUGCUAUAAUAUAUACGUAUAUGUAUUUCCAUUGGUUCGCUAAAGAUGUCAUUAUGGUUCAGAUAUUAGCAUGCCUACUCAACGCAAAUUAUUAUUUCAUUGAUAUUAAAUAACUGUUUGUUGAAACUGUAUUCAUUUUUAAGAAUUAUUUUAAAUUUUUGUCAACUUUUUAUCUAAACAAUAUAUCUAUUUGUAUUCAUUGUAAUAUUAUAAUUUUCCCGAAAAUAUCAAGUUAAUGAAAAGCAAAAACACUUCCUUAACACCCCAAUUGUGUAAGGCUACUGACGAUCAGUCGCCAGACUAUACUGUGACUAGAAUACAUAUUACGAUAAACUAUUUGUCUCAGUUGCCUAGGAUACGCAGAUAACAGCCCUAAGUUUAAAUUUUUGACUAUUACUUAGAAAGUAUUUGGUAGCAUUGUUCAAAUCUGAGUGACAAUUUGUGCAGUUAAAAAUACGAAUUUGAAUUAAAAUAAAACAAUAAAUAUGUUGAGUAGUUA